GAGCGCGAUAAGCAAAUUGAGCAACAACAACGUCCAGUAUACUUCCAUUGGCUGUUGAGUAAGAACGUGCGAUAGACAAGAAGAAAUUGAUUUCCGCUUGCGAUGCCGAUCGAAUUCGUUGAUCGAAAUAAAGGCAAUUUACAUUGUGCAAAGUGGCGAGUUGAUUUCAAUAGCGCAAACGGAGAAAUUAGCGAACAAUUCCAGCUGCCCGGCUGUAAAUCCAACAUCCACUUUGACGUGUCAUGCACGUACAAUAAAAUUAACGAUCCGACUAAAAAUCGGAUUCAACCCGCGUUCGUGUUCGGAAGUCAAACCGCUGUUCCCGAAGUUACCGGCAAAUAUGUUAUCGAAUUGUCUUUAAAGCAGUUAAAUGUAUCUCAUGUUGCAUCGCUUUCUAGCGCGAAAAGAGACUCUGUUUCAGAUUAUUAUCUUCAACAUUGCAACGUUUGGAUUGUCACCAACGAAAACGCAAAAAUCGCCUUGAAGAGAUCGUUCGACACAAGUGAUUGGCACGUCAAAUCUGAAAAAUUUCAAGUUAACAUCCAGAAUGCGCAAGCCGCACAUUCGUCAUUGACCUUCGAAAUGUGGAUCGAAUCGAAGAGUUUCGGCCAAGGUGAGAUAAAAGCACUGACGCACAUGGCGGACUACUUGUUUGUCCGUCAAACGCAUUGCGACGUCCACUUCACUUUCGAAGACGGCCAGCAAAUCGGCGCCCACGUUCAUAUCUUAUCGGCCAGGAGCGCCGUAUUUGCCGCCAUGUUCACUCACGAUAUGCAAGAGACAAAGACGGGCAAAGUCGUCGUCAAAGAUAUCAAAUCAGACAUUUUCAAAGAACUUCUACAUUACAUCUACAUGGGCCGUACGAAGUCACCGCUGACGGACGACACUGCCCAGCAACUGUUCUUGGCCGCCGACAAGUACGACAUUGCAGAUUUAAGGAACGAGUGCGUUGAUCAUCUCAUUUCUAGUAUCAAAUUGAAGAACGCCAUAAACAUUAUGAUCUGGGCUCAUUUGCAUGCACUGGACAACGUCAAAAAAGCCGCACUCGACAUUGUAGUUCGUAACGCCAAAGAGAUUUGCCUAACGGAAGAGUGGGAGCGGCUGGCAAACGACUAUCCCGAUCUUAAUGUGUUGGCCACUCGUUGCAUAAUUAAUUCAGCUCAAUUCAAUUUCGGCGAUUUGACGAAAAUUAACUAAACCGUAUCAAAUGUAAUGGCCUAAGUCACACCACAUCAUCGCAUACAGAAAAUUAUGAAUUAUUUUAAGGGGAAGAAAAAGAAAACUCUUUCCUAAACAAACGGAUAUAGGGCUUCGUGCAUCCGCAGUCAAUCUGUCCUAUUUUGCUCAACGGUACGCCCCCCUAUGAAAAGAAUAUGUGACGUAAAAUAAAAGUCGUUAAUCUAAAAUUCAUUUGAUUUCCCCCGUCUUCACAAAAACGAACUGUUUUUUUUUUUUUUAGAUGUUUUCGACACUUGGCAAUAGAAUAGCAAUAGGUCCUCUGCUCUAUUCCGGAAUAGGCCGAAAUAAAAAUAAUAAAUAAACGGACUAAAUAACCAAGAAA